GGGGGGGCGCGGCGGAGCGCGAGACUGGCGUCGGGCCGCCGCCGGCCGGGCGGGAUUAAGUUUCUCGGUCGCGCGUGAGUUUCUGUGCGCGUUUAUCCCGGAGCUCCCCGCCGGGCCGUUACUUCAGCAGAGAAGAGGGCGAGCGCGAGCGAGGCGAGGCACCCGAGUCCCCGGCGACCCCGGCUCCCCAGCCCUCCUCCCGCUCUGCGUCCCCGCCCGCGGCGGCCGCCGCUAGCCGGAGUUCUGUUUUAGUUGCUGUUUAAAAUCAUUGUAGAGAAGAACGCUGAAAUUUGGAAAAACAUGUUAGAAACUAUAGACAAAAAUCGGGCCCUGCAGGCCGCAGAGCGUUUACAAGCCAAGCUGCGAGAACGUGGGGAUGUAGCGAAUGAAGACAAACUAAGCCUUUUAAAGUCAGUCUUGCAGAGCCCGCUCUUCAGUCAGAUUCUGAACCUUCAGACUUCAGUACAGCAGCUGAAAGACCAGGUAAACAUUGCAACUUCAGCAAUUUCAAAUGUUGAAUAUGCCCACAUUCCACAUCUCAGCCCAGCUGUAAUUCCUACUCUGCAAAAUGAUUUAUUUUUAUCAUCCUCAAAUAAUGGGAAUCUGGAAGCAUUUACAGGAUCUGGUACUCCACACAUCAAUGGAAAACCUGCUUGUGAUGACUUUGAUCAACUAAUCAAAAAUAUGGCCCAGGGUCGCCACGUAGAAGUUUUUGAGCUCCUCAAACCUCCAUGUGGGGGCCUUGGUUUUAGUGUUGUGGGACUUAGGAGUGAAAACCGGGGAGAACUGGGAAUAUUCGUGCAGGAGAUUCAAGAGGGCAGCGUGGCUCACAGAGAUGGAAGAUUGAAGGAAACUGAUCAGAUCCUUGCCAUCAAUGGACAGGCACUUGAUCAGACAAUUACACAUCAGCAGGCUAUCAGCAUCCUGCAGAAAGCCAAAGAUAAUGUCCAGCUAGUUAUUGCCAGAGGCUCAUUGCCUCAGCUCAUCAGCCCCAUAGUUUCCCGUUCUCCAUCUGCGGCCAGCACAGUUUCCGCUCACUCUAACCCGGUUCACUGGCAGCAUGUAGAAACUAUUGAAUUGGUGAAUGAUGGGUCUGGACUAGGGUUUGGCAUUGUCGGAGGAAAAGCAACUGGUGUGAUAGUAAAAACCAUUCUACCUGGAGGAGUAGCUGACCAGCAUGGGCGAUUAUGCAGUGGAGACCACAUUCUAAAGAUUGGUGACACUGAUCUGGCAGGAAUGAGCAGUGAGCAAGUAGCACAAGUGCUCAGGCAGUGUGGAAAUAGGGUCAAACUGGUGAUUGCAAGAGGUGCCAUAGAAGAAGCAGCAGCACCUGCCUCUGUGGGCAUCACCCUUUCCUCAUCCCCAUCUACGCCAGAAAUGCGGGUUGAUGCUUCUACUCAGAAAAGUGAAGAAAGUGAGACAUUUGAUGUAGAACUCACUAAAAAUGUCCAAGGACUAGGAAUUACCAUUGCUGGUUACAUUGGAGAUAAGAAAUUAGAGCCUUCAGGAAUCUUUGUAAAGAGCAUUACAAAGAGCAGUGCUGUUGAACAUGAUGGAAGAAUCCAAAUUGGAGACCAAAUUAUAGCAGUAGAUGGCACAAACCUUCAGGGUUUUACCAAUCAACAAGCAGUAGAGGUGUUGCGACACACAGGACCAACUGUGCACCUGACACUAAUGAGGAGAGGAACGAAGCAAGAGACUGAGCUGGUGUCAAGGGAGGAUGUCAUGAAGGACGCGGUCUUGUCUCCUGGGAAUGCCAGCGGAAGCAAAGAAAAUUAUGAAAAAGAUGAAGACUCUUCAUCUUUGAGUAGAAACACCAGCAUAUUACCAAUUGAAGAAGAAGGUAAACACCUGGAGCCAGGGUAUCCAUUAUUGGCAGCAGAGAUGGAAGAAACAGAAGACCCACAACAACAGGAAGCUGCCCUGCUGACGAAGUGGCAAAGGAUUAUGGGAAUUAAUUAUGAAAUAGUGGUGGCCCACGUGAUCAAGUUCAGUGAGAGCAGUGGGUUGGGGAUAAGUCUGGAAGCAACAGUGGGACAUCACUUUAUCCGAUCUGUUCUACCAGAAGGUCCUGUUGGACACAGUGGGAAGCUUUUCAGUGGAGAUGAGCUAUUGGAAGUGAAUGGCAUAACUUUGCUUGGGGAGAAUCACCAAGAUGUGGUGAAUAUUUUGAAAGAAUUGCCCAUAGAAGUGACAAUGGUGUGCUGUCGACGGACUGUACCGCCCACCCCCCAGUCAGAAUUGGGUAGCCUGGACUUAUGUGAUAUUGAACUGGCAGAAAAGCCGCACGUAGAUCUGGGCGAGUUCACCGGGUCCUCGGAGACAGAGGAUCCUGCGCUGGUGAUGACCGACGUGGGUCAGAAUGCGGCGGAGGUUCAAGGACCUUUGGCCAUGUGGGAGGCUGAUGUUCAGCAUAUUGAGCUGGAGAAAGGAAACAAAGGACUUGGGUUUAGCAUCUUAGAUUAUCAGGAUCCCAUUGAUCCAGCAAGCACUGUGAUUGUAAUUCGUUCUUUGGUGCCUGGGGGCAUUGCCGAAAAGGAUGGUCGACUUCUUCCUGGAGAUCGACUCAUGUUUGUCAAUGAUGUUAACUUGGAAAACAGCAGUCUUGAGGAAGCUGUGCAGGCGCUGAAGGGUGCGCCGUCAGGAACUGUGAGAAUUGGAGUAGCCAAGCCUUUACCCCUUUCACCAGAAGAAGGUUAUGUUUCUGCUAAGGAAGAUUCCUUUCUCUACUCGCCACACUCCUGCAAGGAGGAAGGGUUGGCUGACAAAGCCCUCUUCAGGGCUGACUUGGCUCUGGUGGACACAAAUGAGGCUGACUUAGCAGAUGAAUCUACAUUUGAGUCUCAGUACUCUCCUGAUAAUGACAGUAUCUACUCCACUCAAGCCUCUAUUUUAUCACUUCAUGGCAGUGCUUGUAGCGAUGGCCUGAACUAUGGUCCCUCCCUUCCAUCUUCUCCUCCCAAGGAUGUUACUGAAAAUUCUUCAGAUCCAGUACUUGAUCUGCACAUGUCCUUGGAGGAACUGUACACCCAGAAUCUCCUGCAAAGACAGGACGAGAGUCCACCUUCAGUGGACUUGACCAUGGGACCUGCCUCUGGCUUUACCGUAAAUGAUUAUACACCUGCAAAUGCUAUUGAACAGCAAUAUGAAUGUGAGAACUCAAGAGCAUGGACUGAAUCUCACCUGCCAACUGAAAUUACAUCCAGUGCAGAGCUUACUUCUGUGCUUCCUGAUUCAGCUGGAAAGGGCUCCGAGUUCUUAAUUCAGCAGAACUCCCUGACCUCAACUGCUGAGUGCGUCAUGCUCCAAAAUAUAACCAGCGAAUCUUUUGAGAGGACUAUUACUAUAGCAAAAGGCAAUUCUAGCCUAGGGAUGACAGUAAGUGCUAAUAAAGAUGGCUUGGGGAUGAUCGUUCGAAGUAUCAUUCACGGAGGUUCCAUUAGUCGAGAUGGCCGGAUUGCCGUUGGGGACUGCAUCUUGUCUAUUAAUGAAGAAUCUACUAUCAGUUUAACCAAUGCCCAAGCGCGAGCAAUGUUGAGAAGACACUCUCUCAUCGGGCCUGACAUUAAAAUUACUUAUGUGCCUGCAGAACAUUUGGAAGAGUUCAAAAUAAAUUUGGGGCAACAAUCUGGAGGAAUAAUGGCACUGGAUAUAUUUUCUUCAUAUACUGGCAGAGACAUUCCAGAACUACCAGAGCGAGAAGAAGGAGAGGGAGAAGAAAGUGAGCUUCAAAAUGCAGCAUACAGUAAUUGGAAUCAGCCCAGACGGGUUGAACUUUGGAGAGAACCAAGCAAAUCCUUGGGCAUCAGCAUUGUUGGUGGACGAGGCAUGGGGAGUCGUCUAAGCAACGGUGAAGUGAUGAGGGGCAUUUUCAUCAAACAUGUUCUUGAAGAUAGUCCAGCUGGCACAAAUGGAACCUUGAAACCCGGAGAUAGAAUAGUAGAGGUGGAUGGAAUGGACCUCAGAGAUGCAAGCCAUGAACAAGCUGUGGAAGCCAUUCGGAAAGCAGGCAACCCCGUAGUCUUUAUGGUACAGAGCAUUAUAAACAGACCAAGGAAAUCCCCUUUGUCUUCCUUGCCGCACAACCUUUACCCUAAGUACAACUUCAGCAGCACUAACCCAUUUGCUGAUUCUCUUCAGUUCAACGCUGACAAGGCACCCAGUCAGUCAGAAUCAGAGCCGGAAAAGGCUCCAUUGUGCAAUGUGCCUCCACCCCCUUCUUCAGCGUCUAAAGAAAUGAGCAGCGAUCAUACACAGUCAUCCACAAGCAAAGUCUCAGAAGAUGUGGACAAAGAGGAUGAGUUUGGUUACAGCUGGAAAAAUAUCAGAGAGCGUUAUGGAACCCUAACAGGAGAGCUCCAUAUGAUUGAACUGGAGAAAGGUCGUAGUGGUUUGGGUCUAAGUCUUGCUGGAAACAAAGACCGAUCCAGGAUGAGUGUCUUUAUAGUGGGGAUCGAUCCAAAUGGAGCAGCUGGGAAAGAUGGUCGACUUCAGAUUGCAGACGAGCUUCUAGAGAUCAAUGGUCAAAUUUUAUAUGGAAGAAGUCAUCAGAAUGCUUCUUCAAUCAUUAAAUGUGCCCCUUCUAAAGUAAAAAUAAUUUUUAUCAGAAAUAAAGAUGCGGUAAGUCAGAUGGCUGUGUGUCCUGGAAAUACAGUAGAACCUUUGCCUUCUACCUCAGAGAAUUCUCAGAAUAAGGAGGCCGAACCAAGUGUGACUACUUCUGAGGCACCUGUGGACCUCUGUUCAUUCACAAACGUGCAGCAUCUGGAGCUUCCCAAGGAUCAAGGGGGUUUGGGCAUUGCUAUCAGUGAAGAAGAUACGCUCAGUGGAGUCAUCAUAAAGAGUCUGACAGAACAUGGGGCGGCAGCCAAGGAUGGACGGCUGAAAGUUGGAGAUCAGAUAUUGGCUGUAGAUGAUGAAGUUGUUGUUGGCUAUCCUGUUGAAAAGUUCAUUAGCCUUUUGAAAACAGCAAAGACAACAGUGAAACUUACCAUUCGUGCUGAGAAUCCAGACUCCCAGGCUGUUGCUUCAGCAGCUGGUACAGCCAGUGGAGAAAAGAGCAGCUCCUUGUCUCCGAUGCCCCCAGCUUCUGGCUCCCCGGAACCGGAGUCCAUCCGAAGUACAAGCAGAUCGUCAACACCAGCAAUCUUUGCUUCUGAUCCUGCAACCUGCCCCAUUAUCCCAGGCUGUGAAACAACAAUUGAGAUUUCCAAAGGGCGAACAGGGCUGGGCCUGAGCAUUGUUGGAGGGUCCGACACUCUGCUGGGUGCCAUUAUUAUCCAUGAAGUUUAUGAAGAAGGAGCAGCAUGUAAAGACGGGAGACUCUGGGCUGGAGAUCAGAUUUUAGAGGUGAAUGGAAUUGACUUGAGAAAGGCCACACAUGAUGAAGCAAUAAAUGUCCUGAGACAGACGCCACACAGAGUACGCCUGACGCUGUAUAGAGAUGAGGCCCCCUACAAGGAGGAGCAUGUGUGUGAUACCCUCACUAUUGAGCUACACAAGAAGCCGGGGAAAGGCCUGGGAUUAAGUAUUGUUGGGAAAAGAAGUGAUAGUGGAGUAUUUGUAUCCGACAUUGUCAAAGGAGGGAUUGCAGACGCUGACGGGAGACUGGUGCAGGGGGACCAGAUUUUAACAGUGAAUGGAGAAGAUGUCCGUGAUGCCACCCAGGAAGCUGUGGCUGCUUUGCUGAAGUGUUCCCUGGGCACGGUAACCUUGGAAGUCGGAAGAAUCAAAGCAGGUCCAUUCCAUUCGGAGAGGAGGCCUUCUCAAAGCAGCCAGAUGAGUGAAGGCAGCCUGUCAUCAUUCACUUUUCCACUUUCUGGAUCCAGUACAUCGGAGUCACUGGAAAGUAGUUUGAAGAAGAAUGCAUUGGCAUCUGAAAUACAGGGAUUAAGGACAGUUGAAAUAAAAAAGGGGCCUGCUGACUCCCUGGGAAUCAGCAUUGCUGGAGGAGUGGGCAGCCCUCUUGGUGAUGUUCCUAUAUUUAUUGCAAUGAUGCACCCAAAUGGAGUUGCAGCUCAGACCCAGAAACUCAGAGUUGGGGACAGGAUCGUCACUAUCUGUGGCACACCCACUGAGGGGAUGACUCAUACCCAAGCAGUUAACUUACUGAAAAAUGCCUCUGGCUCCAUUGAAAUGCAGGUAGUUGCUGGAGGAGACGUGAGUGUGGUCACGAGUCACCAGCAGGAGCCUGCUGGUUCCAGUAUCCCUUUCACGGGGCUCACGUCAAGCGGUAUAUUUCAGGAUGAUUUAGGGCCUCCUCAGUGUAAAUCUAUUACACUAGACCGAGGACCAGAUGGCUUAGGCUUCAGUAUAGUAGGAGGAUAUGGCAGCCCUCAUGGAGACUUACCCAUUUAUGUUAAAACAGUGUUUGCGAAGGGAGCAGCGUCGGAAGAUGGGCGUCUCAAAAGGGGUGAUCAGAUCAUUGCUGUCAAUGGGCAGAGUCUGGAAGGGGUGACCCAUGAAGAAGCUGUUGCCAUCCUUAAGCGGACAAAAGGAACUGUCACCUUGAUGGUUCUCUCCUGACUGUACUGCAGAGUUGAGCCAACUCAACCAACCCCUCGCUCACCUCCCACACCGUGGAGAGAAUGGGUCUUGUGGACGCCUUUCCCCAUGCGGUCUUCAGCAGGCUCUUCAAAACUCUGGUUGGGGGAAGUACCAUCUAAAUUUGUUUUUCUCGUGUGGAAAUGAUUCUCUUACCACCUAGUGUCAUUUUGCCUUUCUCCUUGGAUCUUGUGAACGUACACUUAAAGAGAAGGACUGUGUGCAUAGGUAAAUCCAGCCUUUCUUUGUAAAGAUGUCUGACGACUUGUCAUCACAUGUGCAGAAAAUGCGAUACGCUGAACUGGUUAGUAGAGAAAAAAAUAGUCUAAAGCUAACCUAAGAGAAAUGGCUUUAAUAAAUUAGGGUAAGAAUAAAAAUACAAAAUAAA